CACAAGAUCACCGAUGUGCGCGCGCGCAGUUCGUCUGUACAGGCUUUGGAGGUUCAAACGCAAGAUAAAAAUAUUUCGAAAGAUAUUCCGUUAAAAUGUCCAGAAUAUUAAUUACAGUUGUGAUUUGUUUAUUGGUAUCAAGGGAAUGUUCACCACGCACCCUCCCAGAUGCAGAGGACUCAGUCGUGAGCGUCUACACAACACAGCCUUCCACCUCCGGCGCCAGUAUCGAUGUUUAUCAUCAAAUCGCUAACAACAUCGCUGAGAGGAUAACAUCACCCAUAUACAGGUUUUUGGGUAUUGGAAAGAACACGACACAAUCUUCAACAACAAAACGUCCAUGGGAAAAAAUCGAACUCCUAGAAGACCCGCCAGAAGAUGCCAGUAAAUUGGCGACGUCUCCCAUCAGUAACGACAUAUCCAACGACAAAGAUGUCGAAGAACUAUCUACAGAUGCAUUAAAAAAGAUAAAUAGGAAACCAGAAAAGAUAACAUUGUAUUCCAGUUAUCUGCCAACUGUAAAAGAAAAGAUAGAACUUAACGAGACUAUUAAUGAAGUAGGCGAUGUUGAUGACACCUUUGGUUUUGAAGACGUUGACGACGAUGAAACCGAACCAAAACCUCGAGACGGACCUUUCGUAUUUAUUUUAGAAAUAUUAGGUAGUGUCGUACAGUUAUUAUAUGGGGGCUUUGUGGCGUUGUUCUCGUCGAGUAAAUCGAGUUAAGAUAAUAAAUAUAAGUCAAUACAUUCCACAUCAUAUUUAGUAUUAAAUUACGUGAAAAUCCUCGAAGUUCUUAAUAAUCAUGAUAUUUACUGACUGACUGUAUGUAAACGAUCAAUAUCAAUAUGCAAGAUGUAUAGAUUAUCUGAUACUGUUUUUUUGUGUAAAAUAAUUGAAAAUUCAAGUGUGAUUUAGUUAUUGUUGAAAUUAAUUGUAAUUUUUACUAUUUAUAUUUUAUUUGUAUA